UAUAUAUAUUAUAACCAAUAAUGGAUCACAAACAUAAGUCGAACUCUAAGCUCAACACCAAAGCCGAAUCGAACCGGAACAGGGGAGAGAAAUAGGUGACCGGAGAUUCAGAAAUGGAGGAUGAGCUCAAGAACUUCAUCAAGGUAUGGAUCACAACCAUCAUAUGUCUAUCUUAUUGCCAUUACAUAGUCUCCAGAUUAAUCCCCAAGGGCCUGCUUAGGCUCAUCUCUCUCCUCCCUGUCUUCUACUUCUUCAUCACCACCCCCCUAACUCUCCAUUCCUUCCAUCUCUGUGGACCCACAACCUUCUUCCUAGUCUGGCUUGGCAUCUUCAAGCUCCUCCUCUUCUCCUUUAACCUUGGCCCUCUAUCACCACCCCCACCUUCACUAUUCCAUUUCAUCUCCAUAGCUUGCCUCCCCAUCAAAAUCAAACAAGACCCACUUCGGAAAACACCCCCAAAUCCCAAAACCACCCAAAAACCCAGAAACCCAAUUGGUCAAAGUGUCACAAAGGGGCUGCCAAACAAGUCAAUUGUGGUGGCUGUGAAGGCAUUGCUUUUGGGUAUGAUCAUCCAUACCUACGAGUACAGAUCACAUUUGCACCCUUAUGUGAUCUUAGCCUUGUACUGUUGCCACAUGUACCUGGCUCUAGAAUUAGUCCUGGUCGUGAGCGCGACUCCGGCUCGAGCUCUUUUCGGAUUUGAGCUCGAGCCGCAGUCCAACGAGCCUUACCUCUCCACUUCGCUUCAAGACUUUUGGGGCCGUCGAUGGAAUCUAAUGGUCACGAACAUCCUGCGCCCAACGGUAUACGAUCCCACCCGGCGCGUGUGUGCGCGUGUAGUUGGGAAACGGUGGGCAAGGCUGCCGGCUGUGAUGGCCACCUUUGCGGUGUCCGGGUUAAUGCACGAGGUUAUUUAUUAUUAUCUCACCCGCGUGCAGCCCACGUGGGAAGUGACGUGGUUUUUUGUGCUACACGGGGCUUGCGUGGUGGUUGAGGUGGAGGUCAAGAAGGCGGUUACCGGCAGGUGGAGGUUGCACCCGGUGGUUUCGGGGCCGUUGACGUUGGUGUUCUUGGCUGUGACCGGCAACUGGCUGUUCUUUCCUCAGUUGCUCAGGAAUGGUGUUGAUGCAAAGGCUAUAGGAGAGUAUGCAAUUAUGGUGGAUUUUGUCAAGGCUAACUUGCCUCAUUUAAGUUAUUGGCCCAACAAAAGCUGAUUAACAUACUUUAACCCCUUUAUUGAUCUUCCUUUCUUCUGUUGUUCAAGAAGAUGAAGUUGGAAAUUGAGGUUUUGUGUAAUGAUGUAAUUGUUAUCACAUUAUUAGAGCAUUUGAAGAGGAAGACAGUUAUGGUGGAUUUUGUGCUAAACUGUUUAUUUGGUCAACAAAACUAGUUUAUACACUCUUACAGUCUCA